GCACGGACUGCAGCCGACUUCGAGCUCGCAACAUUUUGCCAGAAUGACGCAGUUCUUACCGCCAAAUUUGCUGGCGUUAUUUUCGCCGCGUGAACCGAUUCCGUAUUUGCCACCUGCUAGCAAACUUCCGCAUGAGAAGAAAAACGGUGGUUACACCGGCGUCGGGAUCUUUCUCAAGUAUUUCGAGGAUCCGAAAGAUACUCCACCACCUGUGCGUGUAGAGACACGAGAAGAACGAUUGGAGCGUAGACGAAGAGAACGUGCAGAGCAAGUUGCAUAUAAACUUGAACAAGAAAUUGCAGUAUGGGAUCCAGCUGGCAUUUCCAAUGUUACAGCAGAUCCUUUUAAGACUCUCUUUGUAGCUCGAAUUAAUUAUGACACCUCAGAAUCUAAACUGAGAAGAGAAUUUGAAGUAUAUGGACCAGUAAAAAAGAUUGUGGUAACACAUAAUACAAUUAAUGGCAAGCCUAGGGGAUAUGCUUUCAUUGAGUAUGAGCAUGAAAGAGAUAUGCACUCUGCAUAUAAGCAUGCGGAUGGUAAGAAAAUAGACGGCCGCAGAGUAUUAGUCGACGUUGAGCGAGCAAGAACGGUAAAGGGUUGGCUGCCUCGAAGACUCGGCGGCGGCUUAGGUGGUACUCGUAGAGGUGGUCCUGACGUCAACAUCAAACAUUCAGGACGGGAAGAUAAUGAAAGAGAACGGGAGCGAUAUCGCUUGGAACGUGAGAGAGAAACUUCGGGACGUGGCCUGGAUAGAGACAGAGAUCGUGACCGUUUAGAUAGAGAACGUCGUAGAUCACGCGAUCGUAAGCGAAGGACUAGGAGUAGAUCACGCGAACGCAGACGCAGGCGAAGUCGCGACCGACUGCCGGAUCCCGAUAUUGAAGAAAUCGAUCGUCCACGUGACAGAAGAGACCGUGAUCGUGAUCGCGAUCGGGAUCGCAAAAGACGGCGGUCACGAAGCAACGAUCGCGAUCGCGAUAGAGAUCGUAAGCGAGACAAACGGGAUAGGGAUCGUGAUCGUAGGGACAGAAAGGAUCGCGGUGAUCGUCAGGACGAGGAUACGAAAGAAAUCCGUAUUAAGGAAGAACCAUUGGAUGAUUAUCCAGACUAUAGCACUACAUUUACGACGUCGGGCUCAUAUUUUACUGCAGUCAAGUACGAAGACGAUAAUGAUCAGGAAGUGGAAGAGAAAUACCGGAUUCCGGAGGGUCGUUCCGACCCACCAGCAUAUAACAAUUACGAUUCCGUACAAGAUUAUUGAUCUCGAAUAGUACAUAUUUUUAUCGUAUUCCUUUUUCACAAUAAGCCAUCGCUUUAUUUUAUCGUUGCAUUGUCUUUAUUGUUAAUAUAAUACUGGCGAAUUAGCUUUUUUAAGAGCGAAUCAAAUUGAAUGCUCUUUAACUAUGAAGUAUUCGGACAAUUAUUAUAAAAGUCAUAAAAGAAUUAGAAUUAAAUACAGAAAUUCUGUAAAAUUGAAUUUCUGUAAAACUUUCAAAAUACAUAAUAGUAAAUAAAAAAAGAAAUAAUUUAUAUUACAAAAAAAAAA